CUUGUCAACCCAGCCCAAUCGAAGGCCUUGCCAUGUCGGACAGCUUCUUCCAGAAGAAGCGCAAGAAGGGGGCGCCCGCCGGGAGCAGUGGUCGUACGGGCGGCGGUGAGGCAGGCCCGUCGACAGCGCGGAGGAGACAGGAGAAAAAGAGGGUGAAGAGGGGCAAAGAUGAUGAGGACGACGACGGGGGCUUCUUCGAGAAUGGGCGAGCCGGUGGAAGUGACAACGAUGACGACGACGAUGACGAAGGAAUCGCCAACAUGGACCUCCGACAUGACUUUGAGAAGCGAGACCGGCUGGGCUCCGAGAGCGAGGAGGACGACGUCGAUGAAACCCCGGCCGAGGCUCGAGUCCGCCUUGCGCAGGCCUACCUUGCAGGGAUGAGGGGACAGGACGAGGACGAGGACGAAGGAGGGGCAGAUGCCGCCGAGGCAGAUCGACAGAACAUAUCUGCCCGUCUGCAGCAGGACGUCUCGACAAGAUCCACACAUAUUCACAACUUCGUCGCCGAUAGGCUGGUCAUCCCGAAGCAGGGCAGCUCGGAGCACGUCCUAGCCACUCGAGGGCACUUGCACAGUGUCACCGAUGCGAGAAUUGGGCCAGCGAGCGACUGCGCAUGGCUCGUUACAGCUGGGAAGGACGGACAGAUCGUCAGAUGGCGCUUGAAAGAUGGCAAGAUGCUCGAAGUGAUUCCUAGGGGUAUGAGCAGCGGGAGCCAAAACGCAAAGGCAAGAGGGAGGCCUGCCCUGUCCAAGACGAGUGGCUCGGCCCGACGCAAGAUACGUGCCCAGGAGAUGAUGGGCAAAGCCGAGGUGGCAUCAUCCGCCGAGGCGGCAGACAAGGGCAAGGAAAAGGCCCACUAUCUCAAUCUUGCGCCUGGGCAAGGGCAUACCGGCGAAAUCUGGGCCAUGUCCAUGAGCUCUGAUGGGAAGUUUUUGGCCACAGGUGGCAAAGAUCAACGUAUUUGCAUCUGGGCUCUUCCUUCUCGGUCUACGCGUUCGACUACUCAGCACCAAGGAGACGCACCGACAGCGAGUGCGCCACAGCAAAGCCGGUUCCUCAAGGCGCUUGGGGGCCAUCGGGAUUCCAUUACAGCCCUCGGUUUCCGCCUAGGCUCUCACGAUCUCUUCACUGCGUCCUACGAUCGAACCUUGAAGCUAUUUGAUGUUUCUCAGCUUUCCUACGUUGAGACAUUCUUUGGCCAUCAGGAGGCUGUGGGCGAUCUGGAUCUUCUGAGGGGCGAAGUUGUCGUCUCCGCAGGCUUGAGAGAUCGUUCGGUGCGGUGGUGGAAGGUGCGGGACGAAUCUCAGCUGGUUUUCCGCGGAGGUGCAAAAAGCAAGGUCCGACAGGUCCUCGAGGGCGGCGACAUGGCUCUGACGAAGGGUCUCGAUGGCGACGACGACGACGAUGGAGAAGCGUCAGCGCCAGCCUCCUCCAUCAGCAAGGAAUGGGUCGAAGGCAGCAUCGACUGCGUUGCCAUGGUCGAUGAACACUGCUUUCUCAGCGGAGGCGACAGCGGCACCAUCUCGCUGUGGUCGCUGUCCAAGAAGAAGCCCGUCUUCACCAUGCCCGUCGCACAUGGACAUCACCUCGAGCACGUCCGGGAGGGUGAAGCGCCCAUCGAAACGCCCAGGUGGAUCACGAGCCUGGCUUGCCUGCCAUAUGGCGAUGUGUUUGCGUCGGGGUCAUGGGAUGGCGAAAUCAGGCUUUGGAAGCUUGAUCGAAGCCUGAGGAGCUUCAAGCUUCUUUCGACAAUCCCCGCCGUUGGAUUUGUCAACUCGCUUCAGCUCGUCGCGACCCCCGCGGCAGGGCCGAGCGGAGGCGGCAGCAAGAAGAAUCGCGAAGAAGUGCUCGAGUCGGAAAAGUGGACCAGGCGUGGAGGACUCAGAGGAGGCCUCAGAAAGGUCUUUUCGGAGGCGGAGCAACAAGAACAAGAGGAGGAGGAAGAGGAAGUCGCAAGGGGAAAGGUGGGGCUGAUUGUGGCGGCAGCUCUGGGCCAGGAACCGGCAAAGGGCAGGUGGAUGAGGAUCAAGGAGGCCACCAAUGGCGCCCUCGUCGUGCCGUUCCAUCUCAAGAUCGAAUCGUAGACAUCAUACUUGCAACCAUCAACCAAGAAGUGUUCUAGAUAAUCCAAUUCAAUCAAUCGACAGGAAUGCUUCAUGCUCGUUUCCCACAUCAACCUAGUAUCGACCGAGGGAGAAACGAGGAAAAGGGAGGUGUCCCCUUUUGG